UAGUAAGUUUCAGAAAAAUACAAAGAAUCCCCUCUGGAAAAAACGAUAAACCGAAAAUUGGUUCAGAAUCCGCUAUUAAUACGCAUUUUGAUAUUUUCCCCGAUUUUCCCUUUUUACUGUUGCACAUAAGGGAUUCUGCCUCUUGGGUUUUGUUCUUUAAGCUUUUUUUAGAGAACCCAUGAAUUUUUUUUGGGUGCUGGCGUUGUUGAUUGCUUUGAGAUUCGGGACUUGGGUUGAUGGGUUUGAUGCUCAGAAGUCGAGUGUGAGGGUUCAUGAGAGUAAUGAGUCCGUGAGCAAACCCUUGUUUGUGGAGCUGACCCUAAUCCCUUCUGCUGAUUCUAGAGGAGCGGUAUGCACUGAUGGAAGUCUACCUGGUUACCACCUUCAUCGCGGGUUUGGAUCAGGAGCAAACAGUUGGCUCAUUAAUUUAGAGGGUGGAGGCUGGUGCAAUAAUCUGCGAACCUGUGUUUUUCGAAAGAAAUCUCGCCAUGGUUCAUCUAAUUAUAUGGAGAAGGAGAUAGAAUUCACUGGCAUAAUGAGCGACAAGCCUAAGGAGAAUCCUGACUUCUUUAAUUGGAAUAGAGUCAAGGUUCGCUAUUGCGACGGUGCAUCAUUCACUGGAGAAAGCGAAAAUAAGCAAAAAGGUCUCUUUUUCCGUGGGCAACGUAUUUGGCAAGUUGCUAUGGAAGAAUUAAUGUCAAAGGGAAUGCAUCUAGCUAACCAGGCACUUCUUUCUGGAUGCUCUGCUGGAGGUCUAGCAUCUAUACAGCACUGUGAUGAUUUCAGGGCAUUAUUUGCGACAAGCACGAAAGUCAAGUGCCUCUCUGAUGCUGGGUUAUUUCUUGAUGCCCUUGAUGUAGCCGGUGGGAGGACACUACGAUCUUUCUUUGAUGGUAUCGUGACCUUGCAGGGAUCAGGAAAGAACUUGCCAAAAACAUGCACUUCUCGUAUGGGUGGAACUUCGUGUUUCUUUCCACAGAAUGUGUUGUCCGAUAUUCAGACCCCUGCUUUUAUUUUGAACUCAGCAUAUGAUGCCUGGCAGCUCCAGGAAAGCUUAGCUCCUGACAAAGCUGACCCAAAUGGAUACUGGCGAGAGUGUAAGCACAAUCAUUUAAAUUGCACUGCAGAACAAAUUCAAUUCUUGCAAGGAUUUCGGGACCAAAUGCUUAAUGCUGUAAAAGGAUUCUCAAUGCCAAAACAAAAUGGUUUAUUUAUUAAUUCAUGUUUUGCUCAUUGCCAAAUGGAGAAUCAAGAUACAUGGUUUGCAAAAAACAGUCCCCGAAUUGGCAACAAGGGCAUUGCGAAGGCGGUAGGUGACUGGUACUUUGAUCGGGCUGAAGUAAAGGCUAUAGACUGUCCAUAUCCUUGUGACAAUACCUGCCAUAAUCUUCAAUUCAGAAGCAGGAGCUGAACCAUUCUUUCGAUUAUUUCUUCCCGUCUUUUUCUAGAAAACUUCUCGUAUAAACAGAUCAAAAGUAGAGAAUGCAGCUGAAGAUUGAAAGCAAUAACAAUGCAUACACCUUUUUCGAAGGACAGAAAGAUGAUGGAAGUAAAUAAUUCUCUCUGGGCAUGUGCAGGAUAACGGUACACAGAAACUUCACGGGAUUAUAUUUGGAAAAUUUGAGCAUUAUAUUUCGAAUUUGUGAAUGACUACAGAGACUAGAGAAGAUCAAUGUAUGAUCCUCUUUCAUUCUAUUGCUUUCGUUCUGAGUAGUGAGUGCUAGAAAUAUUGACUUUAGAGCUUUCAAGUGA